AUGGCAAGCCAAGAAGAUUCUACUGCCCCAUACCGUGGCGCCCCUUUCCCGACGAAAUGGCGCCGUAACCACCCGCGAUCAAAGAACGGAUGUCUUACGUGUCGCACUAAACGCAAGAAGUGCGAUGAAGUCAAGCCAGUCUGCUCAUCAUGCACCCGAACCGGUCAAGAAUGUGUUUGGCCCACUCAAGAGAGCAUUUUUGAAAGAGCUAUUCCAGAUGACGGUAGAGCUGAUGAGUCACUCGGAGUCUCUGGCCCCUCAACGGACUCAGCAGCUUUGCAGUAUACGUCCCCUUCAUCCUCUCCUCGGGCCGCUCCGACCUACGGCAACCUAGCUCAUCUAAGCCAGAAUUCGCGUCCGCUUUAUCAGCAGUACCUGGAUGUUACAGCUGAGAUGCUGACGCGGGGACCCUGCCUGGAUGGAAACCCAUUCAUUGAUUAUCUUCUCCCUUUGGCUGCAACUGAUACACUGGUUCUUGAUUGUAUCCUAGCUAUUGGAGGAGCCCAUCUGACAGUCAAUGAUACGACGUCUACUGUCCAGAGAGCUCGAGCUUUGGAAGUGGCGACUCGUGGUCAUUAUGCUACUGUACUAGCAGGAUUGCAGAAGCUUUUGUCUUAUGAAACGGGUCAGAUCAUCCUCCCGGAUGAACAGACGGGGCCACCUACCCCAAUCCGUAUCCUGCUGAUUUUGUUGCUCCUCUGCGUCUACGAUCAUGUUCAAGGUCAUUCUCGCGGCUCCAUGUACCAUCACCUCAAAGCUUGUCGACAGUACAUCAACCUCCUCACAUCUGAGCCAGCGCCAUCUAGUGAAUUGAAACACUUAAAAGGAUUUAUACUGGAGCUUUAUGCUUACCAUGCAAUCAAAAUCACCAUCACGCCUCGCGGCUUUUUAUCUGACGAGGUCGUGGAAAUUGACCCAUCAGUCUAUUCAUUGGAUAUACUGAGGGGGUACAAAUCCAGGGGAUUUCUCCUCGGAUUUGGGCAAGGUCUGUGGGAGAUGGUCCCGGAGAUAUCUCAACUUGUCGAAGCUCGCCGGGAAGAGGAGAAGAGAGGAAUUACAGCCACUACCGCGUUUCAAGAACAGUAUGAUUCACUUUUGAUGCGACUGGAAGGCUACAAUGCAUUCGAAGAAGACACGAAUAGCCUUUGUUCACGAGAAGAACAAGCUGCAGCUGUGAUGAUAUAUCAGAACGGUCUCAUCGUAUAUCUACAGUCAGCAUUCCACCCGGACAUGCUUGCGGACCCGAAUCUCGCCGCCGGAAUCGAUAGUCGAGUCGAGCAGACAAUGUCAGCAUUUUAUUCGUUGUUUGUUAGCGAGUCAUCAUAUCGUCGAAUGCUCCUCUGGCCGGGCACUAUCAUGGCCUCAGUCGCCAGACGUCAGGAGCACAUCCACGUGUUCCGUGCUGGAUUUUUGGCCAGAGCUUCCCGUACACCUGGUGCAGUAAAGAUGGGGGCAAAGAUAGUUGAGCUGCUUUGGAGCGAUCCUGACCCUCAAGCCUUCGGUCCAAGAGGCGUGUCCUACAUAAUGACUAAGCAUGACAUUAGCUUGAGUUUAUGUUGA